AUGGAACCAGGCAACAAAACUCAGCCUUCAGAAUUCCUCCUUCUGGGAUUCUCAGAGGACCCAGCACUGCAGCCCCUCAUACUUGGGCUCUUCCUCUCCAUGUACCUGGUCACUGUGGCUGGGAACCUGCUCAUCAUCCUGGCCAUCCUCUCAGACCCCCACCUCCACACGCCCAUGUACUUCUUCCUCUCCAACCUGUCCUUGGUGGACGUCUGCUUCACCUCCACCACCGUCCCCAAGAUGCUGGUGAACAUCCAGAUGCAGAGCCAAGCCAUCAGCUAUGCAGGCUGCAUCACCCAGAUGUUCUUCUUCAUACUCUUUGCAGGGCUGGAUGAUCUUCUGCUGGCCGUGAUGGCCUAUGACAGGUUUGUGGCCAUCUGUCACCCUCUGCACUACACGGUCAUCAUGAACCCCUGGCUCUGUGUGCAGCUGGUCCUGGUGUCCUGGAUCAUCAGUGUCCUGCAUGCCUUGUUGCACAGCCUAAUGGUGCUGCAGCUGUCUUUCUGUGCAAACCUGGAAAUUGCACAGUUUUUCUGUGAGCUGAGUCAGGUGGUCCACACCUCCUGCUCUGACACUUUUCUUAAUGAUGUGUUGGUAUUUCUUGCAGCAAUGCUCCUUGGGGGAGGUCCCCUGGCUGGCAUCCUUUACUCCUACUCUAAGAUCACCUCCUCCAUCUGUGCAAUCUCCUCAGCUCAGGGGAAGUAUAAGGCGUUCUCCACCUGUGCCUCUCACCUCUCUGUCGUCUCCUUGUUUUAUGGCACAAGCUUAGGUGUGUACCUCAGUGCUGGUGCAGCCCCCAGCUCAGCCUCCACUGCCACAGCCUCUGUGAUGUACACGGUGGUCACCCCCAUGCUGAACCCCUUCAUCUACAGCCUGAGGAACACAGACAUCAAAAGAGCUUUGAAAGGACUCUUUGGCCAGAAACUAUAA